AUGAGGCCGAGCUCUCUUAUGGCGUUAGAAGGGCAUGCGUGUAUCGGGGAUAAGAGACGACUGGGUGACGGAAAGGCGGAGGGUGGGGACGAAGACACCCACGCGCGGAAACGGCGCAGGCGGAGAGGGUGCGCGGAGCACACAGUAAGCGGAGACGGCGCGGAGGUUGGGGGGGCCCACGGCGCGCAUCACGACAGGGGGAGCGCGGGGGAAGCGGGGGAGGGCGCGGAAAGGGGGGGCCAUGGGAAAGGGGAGCCGGGGGAGGAGAAAGAGUGCAGUAACUGCGGCACGCACACAACACCGUUUUGGCGGAAGGACAGGGCGGGCGGAGGGCAACACCUGUGCAACGCGUGUGGGCUGUACCUCGCUAAGAACGACGCCCCGCGGCCUGCUGUACUGUGGAAACGAGAUGCGCAUGGGUCUCAUGACACGGCAUCGCAUGACUCUCCUCUCCGCGCGGAGAUGUACCAGAGCGAGGUCAACAACACCAUGUUCGUGCACUACGUGCGCACCAUCGUGCAGCCCAUGAUGCUGUCGCUCAAGAAGGUCGUCGAUCCCAAGAUCAAGCUGGAGCUGAAGGUCGGUCGUAAUAAUUCGCGGGAAAAGGGCAUUGUGGAGGAAUCGAAGAAGCUUAAAGCGACGUCGCUCGUUAUCGGAACCAACGCAAGAGGCAUGUUCAGCAUGCGCGGCAAGUCGUCGAGCACGGGCGCGUACUGCGUGCGGUACAAGCCGCCGGGCAUAUCGGUGUACGUGAUUCAGCGCGACAAGGUGAUUCUGUACAAGGAGUCGGAGGGGUCGCCCGUCUCCUCCUCCACCGGCAGUCCCUCAGGCUCCGGCCCCAUGAUGCCGCGCCCGGGGCCCCCUGGGGGCGCGGGAUCAGGGACGCUUGAACCCACCUACAGCGGCGCGUUCAGCGAGCAGGGCACUCUCCAGCCCGUGUACGGCAACCCUGCGCCUGGCAGCGGGGGGGGAAGCGGCGGGCUUGCCCCGACCAACACCCGUUUCUCCAUGGACGGCGGCGCGGACGGGCAGUGGGGGAGCGGCGGGGGCGGGGGCGGGGGCGGGGGCGGGGGCGGAGGCGGAGGCUCCGGGGGAGCCGCGCAGAAGAGCCCGGGGGGACCGAAUGACAUCCAGCAGGCAGCGGCUCUGUCCGCGCUGGCGUGGUCGCAGGCAGCGGCGAGCAGCCAGGAGGGGCAGCGGCUGCAGGCGGAUUACAUGGCGGAGUUUGACGCGUGGAAGCAGUCGAACCAGGCCGCCACGUACCAGCAGCAGCAGGACUUCAUGGCGGACCUGCAGGCGCGCAUGGCCAAGGCGCGCGCGGCGCUCGCGGGGCUGCAGCUCGGGGGGGACGGGGGGAGCGGAACGGGGUCGCCCGCGGGCGCGGGGGGGGGAGGGGCGGGCGCAGGGUCUGGGGAGAUGCAGGCGCGGCUGAUGUACCCCGCGCCUGUCCCCGCGCCCAUUCCGGACGGGCCUGCGACUGGCGGCAGUGGCGGGCAGAGCGCCAAUGAGAUCGACCUGCGGAGGGAGCUGGAGCUGAUGCGGCAGCGGGCAGCAGAGGCGGAGCAGGCGCGUCUGGAGGCGGAGCAGCGCGCCCAGCGCGCCCUCUCCGAGGCCGACCGCUCCCUGCGCGAGGUGGAGGCCCAGAACAAGCGCCGGGAGCUUGAAACCGCUGUGCGCAUCGAAAUGGCCUCCCAGGAGGCGACUAGAGCGCUAGCUGCGGCGGAGGAGGCGCGGAAGCAGGCGGGAUUGGAGGCGCAAAAGACGGAAGUGGCGAUGAAACAGGCGGCGAUGACCCGGGCGGCGCUGGAGAUGGAGGCGCAGAAGCGGGCGGCGGUGGAGCUGAAGGCGAAGGGGGAGCGGGGGAGCGCGCGCAUGGCGGCGAAUUACAGGGAAUACAGCUACGAGGACAUUGUGAUGGCAACAGAGAACUUCAAACCGGAUCGCAAGCUGGGCGAGGGCGGGUUUGGCACGGUGUUUUCAGGCACGCUGCACCACACGCCCGUGGCGGUGAAGGUGCUCAAGAACGCGGACGCCAUGCAGGCAGCAAACGAAUUCCAGCAGGAGGUGGAGGUGCUGAGUCAGAUACAGCACCCCCAUGUCGUCAUGCUCCUAGGCUGCUGCCCCAGCAAGUACUGCCUCGUCUACGAGUUCAUGGCCAACGGCUCUCUAGAGGACCGCCUGCUCUGCGCCAACAACACGCCCCCUCUCCCCUGGUACAUCCGCAUGCGCGUCGCCGCCGAAAUCGCCUCCGCGCUCCUCAUCCUCCACACGCGCCCCGUGCCCAUCGUGCACCGCGACUUAAAGCCCGGAAACAUCCUCUUGGAUAAGAAUUUCGUGGCAAAGCUAGGGGACGUCGGACUUGCGAAGCUCAUGCCGGGGCUAUCCAUGGAUCAGACGUACAUGAGAGAGUCGGUUCCUGUGGGUACCUUCGCGUAUGUCGACCCGGAGUUUCAGCGAACGGGGGAAUUCGGCCCGAAAUCCGAUGUCUACGCUCUGGGGAUCGUACUGCUGGAUCUGCUCACAGGGCGGAAACCCAACGUGUAUGAGGGGUUAGAAGAGGCGGUAGACGACGGGGACGAGAAUGAAUUGAAGGAGUUUCUAGAUGAAAAAGCAGGGGACUGGCCGUUAGAUAUGGUGAUGGAGGUGGCAAGGAUUGCAGUGAAGUGUUCGGAAAUGAGGAGGAAGAAGCGCCCGGAUUUGGAGAAGCAGGUCAUGCCGGUGCUGGACCGAGCCAGGGCGCGCGCUGCCAAGGCUGAGGAGGAGGCUCGGAAGGCCCCGAGCCGGCGGCCGAUGGGGGAGGCUCCGAGCGUGCUGUUCUGCCCCAUCACUCAGGAGAUGAUGGUGAACCCUGUACUGGCAGCAGACGGCCACACGUACGAGCAGGAGGCAAUCAAAUCAUGGCUGGAGACGAGCGACAUGUCUCCAAUGACCAAUCAGAAGCUGCCAAGCAAGGACCUCGUGCCCAACCAUGCCGUGCGCUCCAUGAUCCAAGACUGGCGCCAGCGCAACGGGUAA